UUCCCACACACAUUCCUCUCCACACCCACACGCCCCGCCCCCCCCCCGGCGCUCCUCUCUCUCCUAUUUGUACCAUACCCUCCGACCUUCAUUUCUCCCCUUUCGAAACACGACUUGUUGAAAUCUCUUCAACCGGAUUUCAAUACCUCCACUCCCCUGUCUCUCUCAAAAAACCUUGUACCCAAAACCAACAACUAACCUUGUCAUGAUGGCUCAUAAGCAUCUGCACGAGCUAUUGCAAGAAGAUCAAGAGCCAUUCCUUCUCAAAAACUACAUUUCCGAUAGAAAAUCUCAGCUCCAAAUAGUACCCAAAUCCUCAGUAUUACAACCCGAAAAACGCAUACGUAUCACCGACAGCUCGAUUUCGAAGCGUAGCCUCUAUAAACAGGCAUGUUUUUUCUCCUACAAAAACUCGCCGGAUCUAAGGAAGAGCCCGGCCAAGAGCUCAAAUGCCGUUAGCCUUCAUGUCCCUGCUAGAACAGCUGCUCUGCUUCUUGAAUCUGCAUUGAGGAUUCAAAAGCAAUCCUCGGCCAGAAGACCCAGAACCCAGAUUAGUAAUCUGGGUGCGGGCUUAUUCAGCUCGAUUCUCAGGAGAUUGAGCGGUAAAAACCAUACCAGGAAGUAUGAAAUCGGUAACGGUGAGGCUGUGGUUUCCGCGAGGAAAACAGGCGGUAAGGGCAAGGAAUUGAACGGAAAUGUUGCGAGUGUGGACGACGGGAGUGCUGUUGAGAUGGGUUUUUCUUAUUCUUGUAAUGAUGAUGAAAAUAGAGGGCGAAAUAGUGGUAUUUGGUCCGGUGGAAAAUCGGGCGGAAAAGGCGAGAAAUUGAAGGGAAGUGUGGUUAGGGUGGAAGAUGGAAGUCCCAUUGAGAUGGGUUUUUUCUCUUUUGAUUGCAGCACGAGUAGGCGUGCAAGUACUAUUUGGUCGGAGAGCAACGAGGAGAAGUCGUUGGAUUUGGAGAGUUCUUCCAGUACUAGUAGCAGGUCUUAUGGUUUUGAAGAGAUUGGGGAUGAAAGACCAAAUGAGGAUUUUGGGUUUUGUGAGAAGGGAUUCUGUUCAAGCCCCUUGAGCCCUUUUCGAUUUGCUCUCGAAACGAACCACUCUUUCGGUGACCGGACGCCGGUGUUCUUGUCGCCGGCAGCGUCUCCGAGUGGCCACAAGAUACAGGAGAGAGAGGAUUGUGAAGUACUCCUACUAGAGAGCAUGGUAGAAGAGGAGGAAGAGAAGGAACAAUUCAGUCCAGUAUCCGUUCUGGACCCUCCAUUUGAAGACGAUGACGACUGCAACGAAGAAGGCAGUUAUGAUCUCGAAUGCAGCUACGCAAUUGUACAAAGGGCAAAACAGCAACUACUGCACAAGCUACGCAGAUUUGAGAAACUCGCCGAGUUGGAUCCUAUUGAACUAGAAAGGAGAAUGUUAGAAGAACAAGACGACGACGACUAUAUGAAUUUUGAGGAUCCGGACGAAGGAGGAGAAGAGGAAUUCGAUGAGGCCGAGUCACUUUCGUCGUAUACAGAAACUAAUGCCCAUUAUUUCGUUAGAGAAGUUCUUGGCAAAUUGGGCUUCCAGUUUAGCCAAGUACCGGCACACAUGGACAGACUGGUUUCAGACCUCAUUGCAGAAGAGAAAAGAGAGGAGGAUGGCACCGACGAUGCUGAAUCGGUGGCGAGACGGGUUUGUAAAAGGUUGGAUUCAUGGAAGGAGGAGAAAUCUAACACCAUUCAUAUGAUGGUAGGGUUGGAUUUCAGAAGAGGGAGUGAUCAUGGGUGGAAAAGAACAGACAAAAACCAGGUGACUGAGGCUGCAAUGGAAAUUGAGCAAUCUAUUUUCAGAUUAUUAGUGGAGGAAUUAUCAGAGGAGCUUAUGGAGUUUAGUGGAGAGAGUUCAUGAAGCUUCCGUGCAUCUAAAUAGAUUUUGUUCUAAUUCUUAGAUUUUUGAUUCGUUAAAUUUAAGUGGACGGGGAGGAUUGCGUGACUCAAUGACUUGCAAUUUGAGGGGAUGAGGUUACCACGUUUAGUCAGAUUUGAUCCAAGAGAAGGAUAAGAGAAUCUCAAGUGGUUUGGCCAUGUGGGCGUGAAGAAGCAACUAAAGGGUUUGUCCUCUUAAGAGCUCGCAAGUUUGAAUCUUAUAAAGCCCUAAUAUUCCAAAUCUUAGGCUACUAGAGGUGUGUCUGGGCGUUAACUUCAGCACCCGAAAUUAGUCGAGGUGUGCCUAAGUUGGUCCAAACAUCCGGUUAUCAAAAAAGAGAUGGAUAAGCGUUAGAUGUAAUGUGGUAGCAAUGGAGUAUCUGUAUCUUUGUAUACUUAGAAAGAGGGGAAUGUAUGUACCCUACCCUUUGCUCAAUGAGACGUGCACGAGAGAGAGAACUCUUAUACUACUAUUA